AUGGUGUGGGCAAGCUUAAGGUCCACCACCUUUCUCCUAGUUUUCAUUUUGCUUCCUCUAAUAUUCUCCGGCGCACACACCCAAAACCAAGGUAAGAAGACCAUGGUGGUUACCAAUACUGAAACAUCAAGAAGUCAAGUGAACUUGGAGGUUUAUCAUGGUGUUCCAGCAGUUGCUGAGACAGAUCAGAGAACGAGUUUUCUUUCUGGGAGAAAGAUGAUGUCUAGAGAAGUGCACUCGAAGUUGAAGGUGAAAGAGGCUGAGAAUGGAAGUAAUCCGGCAAAGGGCUUGACCACCGAACGGAAAGCGCGUUGUGUGGUUGGAAACUGCAACCAUGAAGAAGUUUUGAAUGUGAAACAGUAUAAAGUUGGUAAAAGAAAUAUAAAUGGGCAUUCUGGGAAAGUCAACAUGUCUGGUUUGGUGCCUCUGAAUGCUGAUUACUAUGUUCCAAGACCUCACCCUCCCAAGAACAACUGAAUCACAAAGUUUGAAGCAUAUAUAAGGAUUUGACAUAUAUAUGUAGUGUUUUUUUAGUUUGGUUAGUUUUUACCUACUUCUAACCAUAUUUGCUUUGGUUUUGCUCUCAGUUUUGUAAUGUUACUGUUUAGAAUAGUUACAAGUAAAUUAUAGGUGAUUAUACUUGUAUGUAAAUUGAGGCUUUGAAUGUGAACUCAGCA